UAGUUCGGUGACGUGGUCGCGUCCACCAGCUGCUCCCUCCUCGCUCUUAGUCCUCAAACCCCACACUUUUUCUUCGUGCUGGAAGUGCCAUGCCCUACCUCACACACCGAGCGGCAAUCCCACCUCCAUUGGCGGAGCUUCGGGCGGACCAUUGUUUCUUACUGACAAGUUAGAUUCUAACAACGGUCGAUGUCCAGAUCACGGCCGGUUUGGUGUUCGCCGUUUCAGCUUUCCAGCCGCUCUUGAGCAACUGUUCUCGGGCUCAGGGCACAUGUCUGCUUUGCCGUUGGCUCUGAUAACGGCUCGGACUGUACUGCUCGCUCGUCCUGGACAGGCCAUGGUCGCAUGGGAACUGCGAAGCACCGACUCUCCGCCAGCCCGCCUUGGUUGUCCAGCCCAGUGCUGGUUAUCGCGAAAAUGGAGACGGUGAUGCCUAGAGGAUUGUUCGAGAACACCCAGGAAAUCUACGCUGAAAUAGCGAGCUAUCCUGUGGUUCCUCCGGAGAAAAUAAAGCAGUACUGGAACGGUAUUUGGAACAGCCCACUGCACAAGGACUCGGACAACACACGGACUAACAUGGAUUUCUCAGCCUAUACUACCACCUUUCGAAGGCUCUUUGACCCUAGCGCUUUUCGCCUAGAGAACUUUUGGUGGCACGUCUGGGGGAGUGACAGGCUUCGAUAUCUCAGUGGACCGACCCUCGCCAAGUUGUUUGAGGAGUUCUCGAACGGUCCCACGUUUGUGCCGCUGCCGUCACCUGCGGAUCACUUCACGCGCUCAAAGGUAAGCUAUGUCUUGGAUGUUGGAGGGUACAUCAAAGUGCUGAUUCACUCCGAGACAUCUCGCUCAGAGAAACCACGUGUCCGGGACCAGGAACCUUCAAACCCUCGGUCCCUACACGAUGGCUCAGGACUAGAACCUGGCUCGUCCGGUGGCAAAAAGGAACCGACUCCUUCCUCUGCAAGGCCGCCGCCACCGCACCCUAUCUUGAAGAAGUCGAGAGGGCCUUCUUCAUCGGGCCCCCGACCCACUGCACGAUUCGCGUCGCCGCCUGCCUCGAGUGAUGAGGUUAUCAAUGAGGGCGAAGUCUCCCGCGCCGGCAUAUCGGCAGCGGCACCGGAAAUGCCUCCUCUACCGUUACCCCCAUCAGUGAAGCAAAUUCAGGGUUGCUCUCCUGCGACCGCUUUACCUGUAUUAGGCGCCCCUUCGCCCCCAGCAACUGCACCAACACCUCCAAACCCGACGCCAGCCGUGUCCGAGGCGGACGUGCAACCCCCAGCAAUACCGCCUCCUAGGUUGGCGAGACCUUCAACGGUCACUGGGCGGAAGAUUGUGGCUAAUACAGCAGCAUCAAGGAGGAGGCCCACGGCAAUACGCAGAAAAAGUUCGCAUUCGUCUACGGGGUCGGAAUCCGGCCCUCGUGUGGCAGGCUUUGUUACUGCCUCACAACGCUCCGGAUCCAAACGAUCAACACCGACGGCCUCACAGCUUCUUGGACCCAGCCCUCUAUCGUCCCAGACUAGCGAUUUCCUGCUCAGUGAAAAGGCUGCCGGGAAACGUCCAGCAAAAACGGCAACGAGCAAGCAGCCGCCUGCUCAGAACUUACCCACCCAGGCCAACGGUCUCGAAGACGAGCCAGCAGCGGCGCAGCAGAUGCACUUUAUCGGUCCGCAACGAAGAUCUACAUGGGACGUGAGGGAUUCUGGUCGAUCUCGACAGGCGGCUGGAGGCUCACCAGACUAUCUCCAACUACCUCGAGGAUUUCCCUCGCAAGCCGGUCCUCCCCCAGUUGCAGGAUUUGUAGACGACGGCAGAUCUCGACAGAGAGCGGCCCCUACGGUCCGUUCCCGCUCCACCCAUCCUGAAGGCCCGCGACGGAUCCGGGAGCUUGGUGUGGCACUCCUUCCGUCGCGAGCCACAAGCAGCGUUGCAGCCGUCACCACCACCGCUCGGGGCCAGUUCGACUCGGAGACCCUUACCUUGGCACCGGUCGUCCCAGGAGCCAAGGACGUCCCCGAUGGGGUACUCCUUGGCUCGCAGCAGUCAUCCUCGGUCCUCAGUCAAAAGUUCAAACCAACGGCCCCAAAUCCGGCACCGCCUAUACCGUUUGGGCGAUCAAGGAGUGAACUGACUUUGCUCCUGAAGCGUGGGAAGCCGGUGAAUGGUGAAGACAUGUGGCUGAAUAACAAGAAAACGGGCAUUUAGGGUAGGGCAUUGGGACACUCUGAAAGGGCAAUGUCACGAUGAUGUCGGAACCCACUAUCUGCAUAGCCUUUGGCGUCUUCGGAGCGAACAACUGGCUCCAUACCCCCCAUUGUUUGGAGGCCUCUUUGUUUGCAUGUCCCAAAAGCUCUG